AUGGGAAACGACAAUCUGAUCACCAGCCCUGCAAUGUACCUGGCAGUGGUGCGCUCAGACAUCUACCGGCGAAUCACGCACGUUUACAACAAAAACUUGAUAUCCGUGGCGUGCUGCGUCACCGUGUGGGCUGUCUCGGUGCUCCUGGCACUGCCCGUGCUGUUCCAGCGAGAGCACGUCAAGACGGACGAGGGGUCCUGGCGCUGCAGACAAGAGGACCGUUCCCAGCCCCGGCUCGCCGCCUCCCUCCUCGGCCCGGCGGCGUUCUUCUUGCCCUUGCUGAUCGUCCUCUUCUGCUACUGCUGCGUUAUCAGGAGGCUGUGCCACCACUUCCACCGCAUGCUCAGGCAAGACAAGAAGCUGCGGCGGUCUUUCCGCAUCGUUUUCCUGGUGGUCGCGGUGUUCGCUUUCUCCUGGGUGCCCUUCAAUGCUUUCAAGCUGCUGGCCAUGGUCGAGGAGCUAUCCUCCCGCCGUUCCUGUCUGGCAACAAAGGUCGCUGAAAUCGGCCUGGAGGUCACCGUGCCCCUCGCUUUCGCCAACAGCUGCGCUAACCCGAUCAUCUACGCUUGUACCGACGCCUCGCUGCGCCAGGCGGCGCUCAAGUGCUUUUGCCCCCGGCUGCUCGCCGGGUUUGAAAUGGGGAGCGCCUCGCGUACGUCGGAAACCAAUGUGCCCAACAGCCAGCUGUCCUGGAGAGACAGAGAGAGGCAGGGCAAUGGUAUCACCCUUGUGCAAUUGAGGGGUUAGGGAGAAUGGUGCAGCGAGAGGCCCAGCUCGGUCACGUGUCUCCCGCGCCGCUGCUGGUCGGUCCUCUUCAUGCAAUGGAAAGAGCGCGAGGAACUGUUUCUACUGCGAACUACUUUUAAGACGAAGGCGACAACAGAGACCGCAUCGACUUGACUGUGAAGCCAAACACAAGCCAAGCCACUGACGCACACACACACUGACACACACACACUG